AUGAAUAAAUAUGAUUACGUUGACAAAGUACGCAAGCACCUUGACAAUAAAACGUACUAUUCAAAGAUCUCGGCUGAUCCGACAAAGGAUCUUAUUACAAACAUACACAGCUUUAUUGAAACUUUACUCUAUCAUCACAAAAUAGAUAAAAACACAGCGAAAUUCAUAACACCUACCAGCCUCAUCCGAAUGCCACUUUUUUAUAUAUUACCUGAAAUUCACAAGGAUGGCAACCCUGGUAGACCAAUUGUAUCAGCUGUGAAUUCACCUACGGAAAAUAUAUUAGAAUUUUUAAAUCUUUGUUUACAACCACUCCUACCCAAGCUGAAAUCCUAUAUAAAGGAUACGAAACACUUUAUCACACGCAUAAAUAACCUACCAAAAAUAAAGAAAAAUGCUAUUUUAGUGUCGGCAGAUGUUACGUCGCUUUAUACCAACAUAUCACACAAAGAAGGUGUGGACGCGUGUAUACACUUCAUGAAAAUUUUUCAACAUCAACUACCAAACUUUACACCAAACGAACAAGUUACACGCGAACUGCUAUGGGAACGAAGGUUGCACCACCAAUAUGCAUCUCUUUUUCUCGGCUUGUUCGAAGAAACACACAUAUGUAAAAAGUUUCCAGGCCUUCUUACGAUUUACCUCCGCUUCUUAGAUUACAUUUUUUUCAUAUGGGAGCAUGGAGAAAACAUACUCAAGGAGUUCUUUACGUACCUUAAUUCAGUACACCCAACAAUAAAGUUUACUUAUAAAUUUUCUAUCGAGGAAAUAGAUUUUCUGGAUACCACUGUCUAUCUUGAUCCAGAAACGGGAGACCUCAAAACAAAGCUAUACAUCAAACCUACUGAGACACGAACCUUAUUGCACCACAACUGCUACCAUCCAUAUCACACAAAACAGAGUAUUGUUUACUCACAAGCCCUGCGCUAUCGUAUGAUAACAAAAGAUAAUAUACUACUUCGAAAAGAGUUGGACCAACUUAAAAGCAACUUACUAUUGAGGGGCUAUAAGUUCCGUAUGGUCAACUCAACUUUUAAACAAGUUUUAAAAAUGAACCAGGAGGACGUACUAAACAAUAACAUAAAGAAACUCAAAGAAAAUAAAAACAACUACAACGCCAACGAGAGAAAAAGUAAUAACAAAAAGAAGCGGAGCAAAAUCGACGAAAUAAGCAGCGGCGUCCAUAACAAUGACAUUUUGCCCUUUAUCAUCCCUUAUCAUAGAGCGUUUAUUCCUGUGAAAAAUAUUUUCAAGAAACAUUGGUCAAUCAUUAUAAACGACAGAGAACUGCAUAAAGUUUUUCCAAACAAACCUUUUAUUGCAUACACAAGACACAAAAACAUCCAGGACCACCUUGUCCGGACGAAAUUGGGGACUGCAACAAUUUGCACCUACAUUGUGCCUCAAAAUAUCAAGCAAAAAUAUACUGUAGAACGGCCUGUUGACACAAAUCUUCAACAAAACGUACUAAAAUCCUAA